UUUACGAUGUGAUGGUAGAACAAUGCUGGAUUAUCACCCUAUAAUUCUUGAAACUACAUUAGUUUCCAAUGCCAGUGGAUCGGCAAGGCUGAGACUUGCAAACUCAUCAACAUCUGGAAAAUGAAAUUUGCAAAUUCCUACAAAGAUCCUAUGCUUCAGAUCAUGAAUCAAUGUGGAGGGAACCCUUAUGAUGCAGUGUCAUUGGCUGAGAAAUCGGCCCUUUAUGCAACACAAAUUCCAUCUAUUAAAAAAGCAACCAUGGACGGAUAUCAACAUGAACUGGAGCUCUCAGAUGAUCCUUAUGAUACCAAGAGACUAAACACAGAGAACAUUCCUUGUGUACUGACUUUGAUGAAGGAGGUGGUGUCCUGGUGGCACGUUGCGAACAUGACGCUGUCACCGUUGGAUCGGCUGGUGAUAACCAAUUUAUCAACAUCAAAGCUCUUAAUGAAUGGGACUCAAGGUUGUCUGGUGAAGUCGAAUGGCGCCAGAAACUGGACACUCAGCGAGGUGCUGUUCAGGCCAACGAGCUGAAGAAUAAUGCAUGCAAGCUAGCAAAAUGGACUGUGCAAGCUCUGCUCGCCAACUCUGAUUGGAUUAAAUUCGGAUAUGUUUCACGUAUGCACUUACGAGAUACAUCGCGUCGUGUAAUCCUUGGAACACAGCAGUUCCACCUGUCAGAUUUCGCAUCGCAAAUCAACCUUAAUAUCGACAAUGCUUGGGGCAUUCUCCGUUGGAUUAAUGAUUUGUGUAUGAAGGAAGAGGAUGGCAAAUAUUUGUUGGUGAAGGAUCCUAACAAGCCCGUCAUCCGCCUUUACAAGGUGCCCGAUAACACGUUUGAGAGCGACGAUGAAGCAUUUUUCGGAGAAGGAGAAGGUUUGAAACCAAUCAAUAUCGUAACGUGCGUGUGUAACUGCUGGCUUACUUUUAUUGCUUGGGUGUUGGCCUCUCUUUUUUUUUACUAGCAAAGAUUAAAUAAACACGUCCAAGCAGUUAAUCAAAUUUCCCUACAUUUGUACGCCGUGUUACGUUUUGCUUGAAUUCGAAGCUCGAGCUUUGUAUUUAUGUAUAAUAUCUAACCACUAGUGGAAGUGCUUGGCUUCUUGGGGGAAAAAAACCUAAUUAGAUAUGCGACAUGACUUAAGGUAGUUUUAAAAAAGGCGCUAUAAAACGCAUGAUUUCAUAACGACAACUACGAAAUGGUAAAUAACAAUGUAUUCAUUUUUUACACAUGAAUAGAAGACGAGUAACGGCUGAUACAAA